AUGCUUGCCGCAUCCUCCAACUUCAACCUUCAAGCAUCCGCUCUCCAGUCCUCCUCAUCUUCCGAUAUCACAGCAUCUGCAACUCUUGUCGCUAAUGCACCCGCCGCCAAGGACGCCCAGAGUGUCUAUCUCCUGUUCGAUAACGAUGUCGAUUCCAAGACCCCCAAGACCCCAAUCAUCCUCCUCUCCAAGCUUAAGAAAUACAAGGAUAGCCAGGCGUCGUGCUCUGCCAUGGGCGAGUCGCUCCAAUCGCUACUGGAUCUACAACGGAUCUGGAAACAGCACCUCCUAGUGGCCGGCGUGAAUAUCGACAAGUCCAAACAUACCAAGGUCAAGACUCCCAAUGCGGGAACCUGGCAAGGCUACCGUGAUCAGAACCAAUUCCACUUCCUCGGAAUCCCAUAUGCAGAACCGCCACUGGGCAACCUGUGGUUCCAGAAACCUAUGCGCUUCAACCCCAAAAAAUACGGUGGCAACAACAGGGUCAAUGAUGCAACCGAGUUUGGACACGCCUGUAUGCAGUUACCGUUCACUGGCGAGAAUUUUACGCCCGAGCAAGAAGUGUCGCUUUUAGGGGCUUGGCAGUCGGAGGAUUGUUUGUAUUUGAAUGUGUUUACGCCAGCGUUGAAGGUCAAGAGGGCGAAGGGGUUGCCGGUGAUGGUGUAUGUUCAUGGAGGCAAUUUUACGUCAUUGGCUGGGUCGUCGCUUAUUUUUGAGCCGGAGAAUGUUGUCUCCCGAGGAGGUGUUGUUGUUGUCACUUUCAAUCCACGCUCCAAGGCUCCAGGAUACUUAGCCACCAGGGACUAUAUUGCUACCCUACGAUGGGUCUACGACAAUAUUGUUGCUUUCGGUGGUGAUCCCAGCCAGGCCCCCUCUGCCUUUGGGCUUUACAAGAACGUUAUCUCUCAGUCGGAUCUCAUUGGCAUAGCCCCAAACGUUCAUCAAAAGCCCGAAAACCAAUGGGUCCUCCCCGCGGCCGUCUACCGCCCCACAAUCGACAAGUCCCUCAUACCUACUGAUUUUACAGAUCUCCUCAAGUCUGGUAAGUACAGCAAGAAGGCGAAUGUCUUGUGGGGGUUUACCAAGGACGAGGGCAACUCGUUUAUUUCCACGACCCUCCCGACUCAGUACCUCUCGCCCUAUACUCGGACCCGGCAUUCGGCGUUCCCCCAUCGCCUCUCUGCCAGGGAUAAGUAUGUCACGCUGACGAUCUCACGCUAUCAUUUGGCUCUGGAGACGUCGUACCCGGCGUCGAGCAGACAGGCGACCAUGCCCGCUUCGCCCGGCAAGUCAAACCCAACCCUCCCAAGAACUCUCCUAACUUUGACGCGGCAGCUCAGAACCCAGAUCUCACACGAGUCCAAUGGCCCAAAUACGACCAGUCGAACCCAGUCUAUUCGUUACGAUGCUGGAUGGUGCGAAUGGCUGAGCGAGAACACUAAAUUUGAUUAUCAAGUCAAUGGACCCGGCGGCAGGUUUGUCCCUAUCUUCCCGCCCGUCGCCAUACCCCCUACCUUGUCCACCAAGACGUCCUCGUCUACUCGCACAAAGACAAGGUAUGGAACCACGACCAUCCAGACUCCAAGUUCAGUUUCACUCCAUGUCCGAUCGUCAGACGACAGCCAACAUUUGACUACCCAGUCGCACAUCACCGCCGUGACCAUCCCUUCUCCCACUGGCUCUGAAUCCGCAGCCGUCUCCGUCUCCGCCUCGUCCUCGGGAGUAGCCUCAGAGUCAGUCUCAGGCACGCCCUCUGGCUCGGCGUCUCUGACUACCAUCACGGUCGUCCCAACCACAACUGAUGCAAUUAUCGUGCCACCCACGACCAGUGCCCCUCCCCCUCCUCCCACAACAACAGUUGUUCUUGGAACAACAGUGACCGCUGCAACAACGACGAGGACUACGGUGGGCGCACCAGUCGAUUCAACCGCUCCUUGA